UUUUUGCAGCAUCUCACAAAACAUCCAUUUUCCCCGUUUGCCUAAAACAGCUUGCCUCACUAUUUCAUUGGAGUUCCCGCUUCUCCACCUAUUAACCUAUAUUUUUGUCCUAUACUUUCACCAGACCUUUACAGGUUGUCUCAUCAGUCCUCAAUCCAUACCUUUUCACUUCACUUUCAUCCUCAAUUUUUCACCCCCCUUCUUUGAUAAUCUCUAUAUUUUCUCUCUGUUGACAUUUUAUAUCUGUUUUUUUAGCUAUAUUUUUCUUUACUUCGUCUGCCAAUUCCAUGUCUCAUUCCUCCAUUUCUAUAUUGUCUCAUAUGACGGUCUUUGGGCCACUCUGUGCACGUGGUUAGGUCCAGCCAGCACCAUUACGUCUCAAGGCAAGGAAAUCUUUUUCACGCUGGCUGCCUCCUGGCUGAGCUGCCGAAAACAUACCAUUGGGGCUGCUGUCGGUGUAGCCAUGGUUCUGGUGCUAUUGGUCGCCAUUCCCCUCUUGGUUCACAACACAAAAUCAGGAAGUCUCGGUAGUGGCACCCACUAUGAAAUGUUGGGGAGUUGCAAGAUGGUGUGUGAUCGAUACACAGUGACACAGAACAGCCAGGAACUUGCUGCAGUCUCCCCAGCACCAGAUUUCAUAGGCCGAAGGGGGAAGCAAGGAUUUCGUGGACCUCCAGGCCUCCCUGGCCCAGCCGGGCCCCCUGGAGAACCAGGCAAGCCCGGCCCACCUGGACUCCCAGGACCUGGCCCCGGUGGCUACACGCAUACUUACAGUCCAAAGAUCGCCUUCUAUGCUGGUCUGAGGAAGCAACAUGAAGGCAGUGAGGUGCUUAAGUUUGAUGAUGUAGUCACCAAUGUGGGCAAUUACUAUGAACCCACAACCGGAAAGUUCACCUGUCCCCUGCCUGGCACCUAUUACUUCACUUACCACGUUCUGAUGAGAGGAGGGGAUGGAACCAGCAUGUGGGCCGACUUGAAGAAGAAUGGACAGGUGAGAGCCAGUGCCAUCGCUCAGGAUGCAGACCAGAACUAUGACUACGCCUCCAACAGUGUGAUCCUGCACCUGGACGUGGGCGACGAAGUGUGCGUGCAACUGGAUGGGGGCAAGGUCCAUGGGGGAAAUGCCAACAAAUACAGCACCUUCUCCGGAUUCCUCAUUUACCCUGACUGAGCCCAUCCCCUUUACCAAAGUGAGCUACAUACUGUAGAGACUGCUGGACGCUCAGAUCUGCAAGUAACACGCUGCAUACCACAUACCCAUCUCACAUCAACACACAAUUAAGGCUUAAAAAACCAUGCCCAGAUAACCUGGAAUAUUACAGUCAGGACAUGAUCCUCAUAAUUUGAGUGUGCAAACUUCUGUAAAUAUAAUCUUAUACAAACCUGCACAUACAUUUAGAGAUCAAUUGUCAUUGUUGACACACAACAAUGAAAUGCCUCCUCUGCAUUUAACCCAUAUGUGACAUUGUGACACUUAUCAACCAUAUCUCAUACUACACAGAUAUAUAGAUGCACCACUGACAGAGUGAUUAGUUUAGGUCUCGCUUGGGCAAAUAGUUUGAUUUGGGUACAGAAAAUGGAUGGAUGGAUGAAUGGAUUGAGUGACUUCUUUGGCUGCCAGUGUGGAAUUGUAAAUAUGGCAGGAAAACUGGGGCCAUUGGUAUUCUAAUUGAAGAUUAGGCUCAUUCCAGACAGCUUGCAACUUGGGAUGGAUUUCCAAUAUGUCUAAUGACACUGCCCAAGAAAAAUAAUGAAUUUAUUGAUUGUAUCAACAAAUUCACUUCAACCAACAAUUUAACUCAAUAAAAUAUUUUACUAUAUAUGUAUAGUUAUGAUACUUUGAGAUAAGAGGAGAUUUUAAUAAUAAUUACAAUAUUCAUGACAGAUAUCGAAACGUACCCAUGUAAAGAAUUACUUUUGCUCUCAGAAUUCUCAAGCAGCCCAAAAUUGUAUAACCGCUGCAUAAUUA